AUGCUGCCCACACUCACACUAACGGCCCUCGCCGUCUUACCCGUCGUGCAAGGCGCACCCUUCACUUCAAGCCCGGCACAUCUAUACAAACGCUGCGGCCCAGUAGGCCAGUUCUACAACCAAAAGACCAGCGACUGGGACGACAAAAAAACCGGAAAUUGGCUCGACAACUGGUGGAACGCCAAUGGCGACCUGAUGUCCGGCAGCAGCGCCGGCUUCGCGGGUGCCUUUGGGCAGUGGGCCAUGGGCAACCCGGACUGGACAUGCCGGGACGACGGGUCGGACUCGGACUGCGAUCUGCAGCUGUGCGACAACCGCGUGCUGAACGACCGCGGCGACGAUAUCCGGCCGGCGUACUACGUGCUCGAGUCUGUGAACCGCUUGCACAUGUAUUUCAAGGGGAUUGGCGAGGCGUUUACUGUCUCGGCGCUCGAUGCUGCUCUCUCCAAGGACUCGUGGGCGACGACCUUCUACAAGGACAAGGACGAUAAGAGCGUCACGGCGCUCAAGGAGGUGCUGAAUGCUGUCGCUACUGUUGUCGGGAUUGGCGCUGCCUUUGCGGGCCUUGCGGGGCCUGAAGCUGCGGCUGUUGCGGGUGCCGAGUCUGCUCUGCUGGCGGGAGCAGUGGGAGCAGCGAACUUGGCAGUGGGAGAGCACCAAGACGACACGUUCGAGAAAUCCGCCGACCUAGGCAAGAUCCUCGGCAGCGUAGUCACCGACUCCCUGAAAUCCUUCACAUCCGCCAACAACGACCUAAUGAGCGGCAAGACCUACGACGACGACGACAUCCGCGCGUACAUCUCAGGCGGCGCGUUCCUGGCGUACCCAGGUGUCGACAAGAACGCCGUGACGGACGCCAUGACCAACAUGCUGGAGGGCAUCGCGAUCAACCAGCUGUACCGCACACAGAAGAUCUUCGUGAUGGGCGGCGCAGCCUGCGGCGACGCGCAGGGCAUCGGCGGUGGCCCGUGGGAGGCAUCGGUGUGCCGCGACGGCAAGGCGUGGUACCUCUACUACUGGCAGGAGAACGACGUGAUCUCGACGACGUCGCAUCAGUGGGGGUGGGUUGCGUCGCCGCCGGGGGCGGAUCAGUUGGGAAAGAAUGAGUUUAGUGGGGUGAAGAUUGAGGACAUCAUCAACUCCUCCCUCGACGCCUACAACGUCGCCGGCUACGAUUACACCGCCGAAAAGGGUUCCGAGCGCGCCUCCGACGCCCUCUCCAACUCGUGGGCCAACCCGGGCUCACAGGGCGCCUCCUGGGAGGGGAUCUUCACCGUGCCCGUGUGCGACAUCGGCGGCGCCGUCGACGCCGACUACCAGCUCAAGGAUUACAUCCUGCAGCCGUACGGGCAUGACAGCCGGCCCGUGUGGUGUGGGCCGAUCUGUGGUGGUGAUCUGCAGAAGACGAAAGAUUUCAUUAAUGCGGCUAAUAUGGGUGGGUUUAAGAGUCCGAAGCAUUUGUGUGAUCAGGAUCCGGGAUACUAG